CUUCCACUAGAAGUUCCAGCAUUGAUGAAAAGAUUCAUACAAUUUCGAGACGAGAGCCAAAAUAGUGGCCUUCAUCCUCUCAUAAUCGCUAGUCGUAUACUUUCAACUUUCCUUCAUGUUCAUCCAUUUGCAGAUGGUAAUGGGCGUGUUGGUCGUUCAAUUAUGGCAUUAUAUCUCAUUCGCAAUGGGUUUCCGCCCGUUGUUUGUCAAGAUAUUUCACGAGGAGAAUACAUAUCUACGUUAUUUAUAGCACAAACAGAAAAGGAUUCGAUUCCACUAUAUGCUUUGGUUGUGCAAAACAUCUUUAAUAUUUUAAUGAGAUAUCAAGCGUAG